AUGGUUAAUAAAACUUAUGGAUCGAAGGAUAAUAUCAACACAACGAAUAAACGCUAUGAAUUAACGAUUGAAAAGCAAGGCGUUCAAAAACUUAUAAAAGCUCAGCGUAAAGAGGAUUUUCCUAGAAUGAUGCAACAACCAAGCCUAUACAAAUUAUGA